AUGAAGACCAAGAACCUGAACUUUUUGUUUGCCUUCGUUGCGGUCCUGCUCUUUUGCUUCUCCUGCUUCUGCAUCUCCAGGAUGAACCAGAUCAAUAAUCAACUAAUUAUUUGCAGGAACCACAUUUUGGAGUUUAAGGAAAAUAUGCUACGUUUAAAAAACAAAAGUGAAAAUAAUCGCCAAAAUCUAGUGCAAAUCCUGAAUCAAAUGAAGCAUGAAGUUCCCCAGAAAGGAAAAUCAUCAGGAAACUUACUUGAGAAAAAAGUGAGCACACUGAGUGAGAAUGAAACACCUUCUAACAGAUUUGAAGUCUUGAAGUUUUUUUUUCCUCAUCUAAGGACAGCAAGGAAAAUUUACCCAAAUGUAGCCAUCAGCAAAGAGAAAGCAGGAGUUUCCUUCGCACUGGGAAUCACCACCAUUAACAGGAAGAACCACACCUACCUGAAGCAAACACUGACCUCUGUUCUCUCCAGAAUGACGCCUAAAGAAGAGAAGGACUCCGUGGUGAUUGUCUCUGUUGCCGACACUGAUGAAGGUUAUUUAAAUUUCGUUGUUGACAUGGUUAAAACCAAAUUCAAAAGGCAAGUGCAAUCUGGAUCCUUAGAGGUCAUUUCAAUACCCACCUUUUUUUAUCCAAGCAUAUUACUGGAGAAGAAACCAUCUGAGGACCCAGUAAGUUGGCAAAUAAAACAGUUAUUGGAUUUUUGUAUUUUGAUGCUGUAUGCCCAGCCGAAGGCCACAUAUUAUUUACAGCUAGAAGAUGAUAUCAUAGCAAAAAAUAUGUAUUUUACGGAAAUGAGAGAUUUUGUAAAUAAUGUCACUUCGAAAGACUGGCUUUAUGUUGAGUUCUCAGUGCUUGGGUUUAUAGGAAAACUCUUUCGAUCGAAGGACCUGAUCGACUUUGUACAUUUUUUCUUGAUGUUCUACAAAGUGAAGCCCAUAGAUAUGCUUCUGGAUGACAUUUUCCUGGUGAAGAUUUGCAACUGGGGCGAGCCUCUGAAGAAGUGUAUCAAGAGAAAGAAGGAAGUUCAAAUUCAGUACAAACCAUCUCUGUUUCAGCAUGUGGGCAUUCAGUCAUCAUUUCCCGGGCGAAACCAGUACCUCAAGGUAAGAUCCUGGAAUGGAACUAUGGUAACAUAG